AUGGCGUCCCAAGUCCUUCUCCUCACUGAGACGGCUAAGGAGAAAGGCGAGACCAUCGCUCUCCCCUCGCUGUUGUCCUACCCUGAGGCUGAGGCGGCAGUCGACGAUGGGGCCGAUACCUCGGGAGUCGCCAAGAAAGCCUACAAUGGGGCCGGCACCUUGGGGAUUGACGACAAGGAGUGUCCAUCUGAUGUGGUUACUACCACUGAUCCGGAGACUUGCAAGGGCAGCAUGAGUCACAAAGCAAAAUCAUCUGAUUCCAAAGGUGGAAAGAAGGACUUCUCGACAGCGAUCCUGGAGAGGAAAAAGGCUGCUAAUCGCCUCAUUAUCGAUGAUGCAGUUUACGAUGACAACUCCGCUGUCUCCCUCCAUCCCGCCACCAUGGAAAUGCUCCACCUUUUCCGUGGCGACACUAUCUUGAUCAAGGGGAACAAAAGAAAGGAUACAGUAUGCAUUGCCUUUGCUGAUGAGACUUUGGAAGAGUCAAAGAUUCGAAUGAAUAAGGUCGUCCGAGCGAACCUAAGGGUUCGUCUUGGUGAUGUUGUAUCCGUACACCAGUGCCCCGAUGUCAAAUUCGGAACCCGUGUUCACAUAUUACCCCUGGAUGACACGAUCCAAGGACUCACCGGGAAUCUCUUUGAUGCAUACUUGAAACCUUACUUCCUGGAAGCAUACCGCCCAGUUAGGAAAGGCGACCAUUUUCUUGUGAGAGGCAGCAUGAGAAGUGUAGAGUUUAAGGUCAUCGAGACUGACCCUGGCGAAUACUGUGUUGUAGCUCCCGAUACUGAGAUCUUUUGUGAGGGUGAUCCCGUGAGGAGAGAGGACGAGGAUAGGCUGGAUGAGGUCGGGUAUGAUGAUGUGGGCGGGGUCAGGAAGCAGAUGGCCCAGAUUCGGGAACUGGUCGAGCUGCCCCUGAGGCACCCCCAACUUUUCAAGUCCAUAGGCGUGAAACCACCCAAGGGAAUCUUGCUUUACGGGCCCCCUGGUACUGGAAAGACGUUGAUCGCGAGGGCCGUUGCAAACGAGACGGGUGCCUUUUUCUUUUUGAUCAACGGUCCUGAAAUCAUGUCCAAGUUGGCUGGGGAGAGUGAGAGCAAUCUAAGAAAGGCGUUCGAGGAGGCAGAAAAGAAUGCCCCGUCCAUCAUUUUCAUUGAUGAGAUUGAUUCUAUUGCUCCCAACAGAGAAAAAACUCAGGGGGAGGUUGAGAGGAGGAUUGUUUCUCAGCUGCUGACGCUCAUGGAUGGGCUGAAAUCUCGGGCCCACGUCAUUGUUAUGGGGGCGACCAACCGUCCCAACAGCAUCGACCCUGCCCUGAGAAGGUUUGGUAGGUUUGACCGGGAAAUCGACAUUGGUGUUCCUGAUGAAGUCGGCCGCCUCGAGGUUCUACGUAUUCAUUCCAAGAACAUGAAGCUUUCUGAUGAUGUUGACUUAGAGAUAAUAGCAAAAGACACCCACGGUUAUGUCGGUGCUGAUCUUGCGGCCCUUUGCACUGAAGCGGCCCUUCAGUGUAUUAGAGAGAAAAUGGAUGUCAUUGAUUUGGAAGAUGACUCAAUUGAUGCUGAGAUACUAAAUUCCAUGGCUGUAACAAACGAGCACUUCCACACUGCUCUUGGUACGAGCAAUCCUUCUGCUUUGAGGGAGACAGUUGUCGAAGUGCCUAACGUGAUCUGGGAAGAUGUUGGAGGACUUGAAAAUGUCAAAAGGGAGCUGCAGGAGACCGUUCAAUAUCCAGUGGAGCACCCAGAGAAGUUUGAGAAAUUCGGCAUGUCACCUUCGAAGGGUGUUCUUUUCUAUGGACCUCCUGGAUGUGGUAAAACUCUGCUGGCCAAGGCAAUUGCUAAUGAAUGCCAAGCCAACUUCAUCAGUGUUAAAGGACCUGAAUUGCUCACCAUGUGGUUUGGAGAGAGUGAAGCUAAUGUUCGUGAAAUAUUCGACAAGGCCAGACAGUCUGCUCCUUGUGUGCUCUUCUUUGAUGAGCUUGACUCCAUUGCUGUACAGAGGGGAAGUAGUGUUGGAGAUGGCGGGGGUGCAGCCGACCGAGUUCUGAACCAACUCUUGACCGAAAUGGACGGCAUGAAUCCCAAAAAGACCGUUUUCAUAAUCGGUGCCACUAACAGGCCGGACGUUAUUGAUGCGGCCCUUCUACGCCCGGGCCGUCUGGAUCAGUUAAUAUAUAUUCCUUUGCCUGAUGAAGAUUCACGCCAUCAAAUUUUCAAGGCCUGCCUCAGAAAGUCACCACUUUCCAAAGAUAUCGACCUGCGAGCUCUUGCCAAGUACACUCAAGGAUUUAGUGGUGCAGAUAUUACUGAGAUUUGUCAGAGGGCUUGCAAGUAUGCCAUAAGAGAGACCAUUGAGAAGGACAUAGAACGAGAGAAGAGAAAAAGAGAAAGCCCCGACACGAUGGAUGAAGACAUCGAUGAUGAGGUCUCGGAGAUGAAGCCAUCCCAUUUUGAGGAGUCUAUGAAGUUUGCCCGUAGGAGUGUGAGUAAUGCUGACGUACGCAAGUACCACGCCUUUGGCCAGACCUUGCACCAGUCCCGGGGGUUCGGGAACGAGUUCCAUUUUGCCGAUUCGGCUGGUGGGCCAUCUUCUGGCCCCAACCCAUUUGCGGCUUCUGCCGGUGGAGCCGAUGUGGAUGAUUUAUAUUAA